AUGGACAAUGAAAAGACAAGUAACUUCCUAAUGGAGAAUGAAAUAGUGAAUCAGAUUGUGCAUAAUCAAAGCAUCGGAAGGGAGAAUGAAAUGCAUAAUGAAGAAUUUAUCACUCACCAACAGUCAAAAGAUCCAAUUUAUUGGUCAGAUAAUAUAGAUGACGAAAACUAUGUUUCGGAUUACGUUGAUCAUGAAGAAAAUGAAGUUGCAGAACAAUUUGUAGUUGUAAGUGAUUAUACAUCUCCGGGUGGGAUAGAUUAUUAUACACCCAAGACCAAUGAAGAUGUAAAGCCUAAAGUCGACGACAUAUAUGAUACAUAUGAUGCAGCUGUAGAAAUGUACAAAAAUUAUGCAUUUCAAGCAGGUUUUGAUAUUAGGCUAGGAUCAAACAAGAAGAAGACGGAUGGUACUUUCACAAGCAGGUACUUAUUAUGUAACAGAGAAGGAAAGCCCAACACUGGUAAUGUUGACACUAUUGAUAUUCAGUACAAAAAAAUAAAACAAAGAAAAGAUAUGCAUAGGACAGAAUGUGAGGUUCAUAUUGUAUUCAAGCUCCUUCCUCAGACAGGAAAAUAUGUGGUUCAUGAAUUCGUUGAAAGACAUAAUUAUAUGUUGAUACCUAAGGCUAAUAUGCAUUUGUCACGUGCGAAAAGUAAAAUAGAUUUGUCUCAGCAAACUUACAUUUAUAACAUGUCUAAGAAUAAUGUUGGGGCAAAAAAAGCUUAUAGGUUAAUGUGUGGUCUCCAAGGUGGGUGUUCAGUUCGUGGUGGAUUGGCGAUUGAUUACAAGAACUGUGCUAGGAAUUUAAAUUGUUUUAUUUGUGGUAGUGAUGCCCAAUUGAUUGUCAACAUAAUGGAAGAGAGAGUUAAAUAUGCACCAAACUUCUCAUUCGAGUUUAGAGUCGAGGAAAAAAAACUAUUUUCAAUGUUUUGGGCUGACGAAACUUCCAAGUAUAACUAUAAGGAGUUUGGGGAUGUCGUUUCAUUUGAUGCCACCUACCAGACUAACAGGUAUAGCAUGUUAACUUGGGAAAUUGCCAACAAUUCAGACUUUAAGAAACGUUUCAACAGCUUGAUAUGGAAUGCAAAAAUUAAUGAAUUAGAGUUUGAAGCCGGAUGGGACAGUAUGAUUACAGAAUUUCAUCUUGAGGAUAAUACAUGGUUAAGAAAGAUGUUUGUCGUAACUGAUUCUUCUUAUGGUGUCGACAUGUUUGAUGUCUUAGAGAGAAAGAAAAGUGUUAGCACACGGACAAAGGAAGUUGUCCCCGACCAACCCGAGGAGGAAGAAUAUCAUUUUGAUAGUCUUGUGAAGGACAAAGAUUUUAAGGUUACUCACAACAAGAGUGAAGGAUCCUUCAUGUGUACAUGCAUGCAUUUUGAACAUGUUGGAGUUCUAUGCAGGCACAUAUUUUCUGUUAUGAGCAAUCGACAUCUUUCAACUAUUGAUCACUUUGUCUCAUUUUUGAGUCAUGAUCCAGUGAAGUUGCAUGAGUACUUAGAGGAGAUAAAUAAGUUGAAAAUGAAGUACUGCCUUUCAUCUUCGUCUGACAAUUUGGUUAACAGGAAUCAUUUUGAACAGAUUAUAGGUGUUACUCUUCAAAAGGAACGUGAAAUUGAUAAUCCUUCUAUAAUCAACAACAAAGGUUCUGGUACUCAUGGAAAAAGACUUAAAAGUAAAAAAGAGAUGUUUACAAUCAAUGUCAUAAACCAAAGAGAAUGUGUAACUCAUGCAAAGAGAAGGUUAAUCAUGAUAAGAGGAAUUGCCCCUUGA